GUUGUGCUGCAGUCCUAAUGGCUACCCUCGUGGUGUUUUAUUUUCUCAGGCUGUAAAGUAAAUCUUUAAGAAACUUUUAAAUGACUCGUUUAACAGCUGUUUUGAUGGGAAAUGGCAGAAGGCCAGCCCUUCCGCCCAUCAAAUUUCGAGAAAUGUUACCUCUAGCAUUGAAGGACAAAGUGUCAGGGAAAGGAUCACGAAUUAAUGAUGUUGCAUGUCUUAAUGAAGUUUUAUCAUUAUUAUCCUGUUUUGAGAGAGGUGAAUUCAACGAAACAUUUUGCAAAAAAGAAAUAGAUUCUUUACAGAAUUGUUAUUUGAAUCAUCUUGCUUCUGUUGAUAAAAGGAAGAAGCAACAAGUGGAAGGCAAACUUGUUCCAGGACAAAAAUUAAAAGAUAUGACAGCAAAACAAAUUAGUAAUCUUCUGAAAGCUUAUCCUAUACCUAAAAAUUAAUGUAUUAUUAAUAGAAGUUGUAAGUAAAAUAAAUAGAAUAAAAUAUUUAAUAGUAAGUCAAGAUU